AUGGCCGACGCAGAGCAAGACUACGAGGCGAUCCGGCAGGAAAAUAUUCGCAAGAAUGCCGAGCUCAUGCUGAGUCUCGGCUUGAAUCCACUGACGACAAGAUUGAGACCGCCAUCACCAGAAAGAAAGGCGACAUCUUCCAAACGACGAACUAGUCGGUCGGCGACUCCAGACGAACCAGCAGAAGCUCGCAAAUCAUCACGCAUCGCAUCGGGGAGCCGGCCGCGAUCAUAUCGCGAGAGAGACUUGCUGCCAUCGAUUGCAAGGCCAAAGACAACGAAGGAGAAGAAACCCCGUCAAGGUACGCGUAGAAGCAGUCGAGCAGCAACUUCUUCAAGGACAAAGUAUACAGAUUGGGAUUCGGACGAGGAGAACGAUUCAGACGCAUACGUGCCACGAUGGCGCGGCGGCAGUGCGUCCAUAUAUGACUACGAUGGUGUAGACCAAGAUGGAGACGGACAUGAAGACGGAGGUGGCGGCAGUCGACGAUCGCGUACUUUCGACCUCUUGGGCCGACCGGUUCUCCAGAAGCUCUCGAAUCCAGUUGCGCCGGCGCUACCUACAUCAGGAGGAGAUGAGAUCUACGAGACACGCAUGCCACUACCGUCUCGUGAGUAUCUGGUCGCUGGAAAGGGUCGUGGAGCGCUAGUCUUUGAAAAGGAAUUCGCUCAGUUCCGUCCUAAUGUCACGCCAAAGGAGAUGCUUCGCGAAGGUGCCUUCGGCGGAACCGCUUUUCGUGACUACCACUCGAGGGUGCUUGGAAGGCCAAUAGACGUAGAAGCCGAACUGGCAGAAUUGCCAGAGGACUGGCUCGAACGCCUCGAUGUGGAUGGUAUGCUCAGACGGGAUCAGCUCGAUCCAUCUUGCAACAAGUUCAAGGUCAAAGCAGGUCAGUCGCUGGAAGACUGGGAAAAGGCGGGCUGGAUCCGGCCACUAGAUCCACGCGGAUGGUUCCAGUGGUACUACCGUUUCUUCCUCGGUCGCAGAUCAGCUGAUGACGCACGUCAGAUUGGACGCUGGCUUAAGGCGUGUGGUCCAGGCGGGCGAUUCAGAAAAUCUCUGGCGGUCAACGUGGCUGCCAAGGGUGGUGGACGUUGGGAUGAUCCGGCAGUAAACCCGGUGGUUCGGCAGACGCUCUGGCAAUGGGGAUACGAGCUGACCGAGUCCGACUACCAGGCCUAUCUCUAG